AUGGCGGCAUGGUUGCCAGCAUCUUCUUGUUGCCAUCCCAUGACGGUGGUGGCGGCGGCGUUGCUUCUGACGGCAAUGGUGGCGGCACCACCAGCGGCCGUGGCCUUGCUGCACGACGACGUCGAGCCGAUGUGGGGCGCGGACCACAUCUCCUUCCACACGGGCGGCGACGGCGUCGAGACGCUCGCGCUCCGCCUCGACAGGGACCACGGCUCGGGGUUCCGCUCCAAAGGCGCCUACCGCUUCGCCCGCUACGACAUCGACCUCAAGCUCGUCGCCAACGACUCCGCCGGCACCGUCACCACAGUCUACCUGACGCCGGACCUUGUGCCGCCGGAGGACCACGACGAGAUCGACCUGGAGUUCCUGGGAAACGUCACCGGCGAGCCGUACACGCUGCACACCAACAUAUUCGUCAACGGCGUCGGCAACCGCGAGCAGCAGUUCCGGCUCUGGUUCGACCCCGCCAAGGACUUCCACACCUACUCCGUCGAUUGGAACCCCAGGCGCAUCAUAAUGUUCAUCGACGGCACGCCGAUCCGCGUGUACAAGAACGAGGCCGCGCGCGGCGUGCCGUUCCCGACGCUGCGGCACCUGCGGCUGGACGGCAGCCUGUGGAACGCCGAUGACUGGGCCACGCAGGGCGGCCGCGUCAAGACGAACUGGACGCAGGCGCCCUUCUACGCCUACUACCGGAACUUCCGCGUGACGCCGUGCGCGCCGUCGUCCCCCGGCGUGGCGUCGUGCGGCGACGAGCAGCCGGAGUCGGCGGGCUUCGACAAGCACGGGGCGGCGCUGCACAAGGCGCGGGCGGAGCACCUGCUCUACGACUACUGCGAGGAUCAAAACCGGUUCAAGAACGAAGGGCUCCCCAAGGAAUGCACCGCGCACUAG